CCAAGGAAGCUCAAAUCUCACGAGGGAUCGAAAGAUUGGCAGUUGUUGGAGAGGAUCAUGACAGAUCCUAGCUUUCUCUCAUCCUGUAUGCUUUGCACAAGGAAGAAGGACUGGGACACGUUGAAAUUAUCAACAAGAAAUUUGAAUCAACUUCAUGGAUCCAAGUAUGAAACAAAACGAAGGUUACUCUGUUUCACUUGUGUAAGUCAGUCGUCGUUGUCUGAUUACGGUUACUUUGGCGAACAAGAAAGCAACAACUCUUUUCAACAAGUACCAAGUCAUUGGAAGGAGAUGAUUAAAGACGUUCAUCGCUGUUUUGUAAUUGCUUGUAUACCUGGAAAGAAACCCUAUACUUUGGCUCUUUCCGAUUUCAUCUCUGCGACUGCAGCAUGCUUCAAAAGUGGAAUUCCUUUAAAAACUUUAAAAGAAUCGCUUGAGAAUAUGAAGGAAACUUAUUUUCGACCCUUGAAAGUUGAGGAAUUCGAACUUCUUCGAACAUGGCUUACAUUGGUAUACAAAACACUAAAAGAAGUAUUGUUUCCUCUGACAGAAAAUAAGCGUGGUAUUUGUGAUACGGAUGACUCUAUUUAUGAUGAGUUUGUAAAGAGUAUUGUGACUGCAAUUCGCGAAGGAUAUUCUAUGGAAAAAAUCCGACUAGAACAAGUCGUAACCAACACGAAAACACAACCUCGAACUGAGUUUGAGUCUGCUUUAUUAUCCCAGAGCACUCGAAUUGUUGUACAAACAGUGCAAAUCGCAAAGGAAUUUUCUUCAGAGCAGUAAAUUUCUUUUUCAACUUUCUUCCUAACAUUGGAUAAUAUGAAAGAAAUCGCUGUAAUUCUGCGCUUUUCACAUCUAAAGCAACAGUCUCCUCAACAGGCUACUGUUUUUUCUAAGAAUCGAAAUAUUCUCGAAAGAAGCUUGCGCUUGAAAAAAAUAUUAUCAUUUUUUUCAUCUCCCGAUUUUUAGAGCAGUACAAAUAAUUUUGUAAAUAGUUUUUUUUGUGUAACUCUUCAAGAAAAAUGAAAAAAAAACUUUUGUGAAUGUUAGUUAAAAAUGAACCUGUUCACAUUGCCAAUAAAAUAUCUUCAAAUUUU